AUGGCUACAUCACAACGGCAACAACGUAGAUCUGAUACAAAACAAUCGUCAACCAAAGCUGACAAAGCAAAAUCGAAUAGUAAUUCAAAUAUUUUAAUAUUAGGUAUAGCAUUUGCUGCACUAAUCCUGUAUGUAUUAUAUCAAUCGAUUAGUGUUUAUAAUAAAGAUCGCAUGUACAAUGACUUUGACUAAAAAUAAUAUUUCAUUCGGCUGAAUCUCGCUUAACUCAUAUAGCAAAAUUUUGCUCGUAUUGCUUUUGGUGAUAUAUAACAUUUUCUUUUUUUUGUGAAAUAAAUAAAUAUCUUUGUUGUUGUCGUUGUAGUGUUUACCUAUUUAAUUUUUCUUGAAUAUGUUUCAAAAAAAUUGCGAUGAAAACAAAAAUUUGAUCAUGUUAUUUAAUCAACAAAGACAAGCGAAUUAAGAUUUUUGAAAAGAGAAAUAUUUUCAUAGAUCAUACGAUUUUAGGAUCUAAUUAGAUUUCUAUUCUAAUAUUUUACAAAGGUACAUGGCUUUAAAAUGCUAAAUUAACAAUAAUUUCCUGUUCAUGUUAAAUAAACUACAAAUAUUCGUUUGUUUCAGAUUAAUCAAAAUUCAAGUGUGAUUAUAUAUACUCAUAUAAAAUAUGUUCAUUUUGUUUCAUGCUACAAAGAAUGAUAUUUAUCAAUAAAUUGAACGAUUCAGAUAUUCUCAAGAGAGUAGAAGUAACUCGCUGUUAAAUACUUCUCAAGUUAUGAUAUAUACAAAAUAAACAAUUCAUGUAUACAAUGGGGUAUGGUUGCUACAAGAAUAUCUACUUAUCAAUCACAUUCAAUAUAUUCUUAUACUACCGUCUUAUUUGUGUGUUCUUUAUUCCUCAAGUUGAAUCGCUCAUAUAGUGGUAGCCUUGAAUUAAAAAAUACGUACGUUCUUUUUUUGUUUAUGAAACCCAUGAGAACGAAGAAAAAUGUGUCAAGAUCGAGCAAUAUUCAAUUAAUGAAGCUUGAAUGUUAAACGACCUGUAUCGUAUUCAUUCUUUUUUUUU